UUGCUUCCUUGUCCGUAGUACCGUGAGCGAAACGUGGAGGCGAGCGUAGACUGGAACAUCUCUGUGAUGGAGCUGCUGGAGAAACUUGGUUGCCCUGCUGACGGAGACACCAACGAAUUCAUGGCCCAGGCCAACGAGGUGUACACCUACCGUAGAGCUGUGAGGUGUCAGAACCUCCAGUACGGGGAACCUUGUCCCACUUUCACGCAGCCCAUCACCCCUCCCGACCGAGGAGACAUACCCAUCAAUCAUGAAGACGAGGCCAGCAACAAGUUGGUCAAGACCCUGGCGGAGCUCAUUGAGACUAUCAAAGACCUGCAGAUCGAAAUUCAGACACAGCGUGAAGAGACGGCCCUCCUGCGCGACGCCCUGCUCAACUGUGAGGCCUGCAAACCUGACAACGACCCCUGCUCGCCAAACCCGUGCUUCCCUGGUGUCGACUGUAGCCGGGGUCCAGAAGGAGCCCGCUGUGGAGCCUGUCCAAGGAACUUCCUGGGAGACGGACGCAACUGCAAGCCAGGCAUCACAUGUGCUGACCGUCCAUGUGCCAGAGGCGUGCAUUGCUACGACAUGCCUGACGGAUACCGCUGCGGCCGGUGUCCCGCCGGACAGACCGGUGACGGACGCACCUGCAGCCACAUCAACGCUUGUGAUCCCAACCCUUGCUUCCCUGGUGUCCAGUGCUCCAACACCAACACUGAUCCCUACUUCCGCUGCGGCCCUUGUCCUGCAGGACUCACCGGCAAUGGCUCCAUCUGUGAAGACAUCAAUGAGUGUACCCUGGCCAUGCCUUGUGACCCUCGUGUAAGGUGCAUCAACAUGUCGCCCGGCUUCAGAUGUGACUCCUGUCCUCCCGGAUUCACUGGGUCUCCAGGCCUACAGGGUAUAGGUCUUCAGUUCGCCCGACAGAACCGUCAGCGAUGCUUCGAUAUCAACGAGUGUGAUGAUGGCAACAAUGGAGGUUGUGUCCAGUACUCCAAGUGUAUCAAUACUGAGGGUUCCUACUACUGUGGUGAAUGCAUGGCUGGCUUCGUGGGUAACCAGUCACUGGGCUGCCACAAUCGCCCCGGCCUGUGUCCAGACGGCAAGCAGUGUGAUACUAACGCUGACUGUGUCAAGCCCUUCGGUCUCAACAGCUUUGUGUGUAAGUGUCGCGUUGGUUGGGCUGGUGACGGACAGACGUGUGGGCCGGACCGAGACCUGGACGGGUGGCCAGACUACGAUCUUGGCUGCUUGGACCCUCAUUGCCGCCAGGACAACUGCGUCAACACCCCUAACUCCGGCCAGGAGGAUUCAGAUAACGAUAACAUCGGCGACGCUUGUGAUGACGAUGCAGAUAACGAUGGCGUCCCCAACAGUCCAGACAACUGCCCGCUGGUAUCGAAUCCUGACCAGUCUGACACGGACCCCGACGGACCUGACAAGCAAGGCGACGCGUGCGACAACUGUCCCACCAUCCCCAACCUGGAUCAAGAAGACAAUGAUAAGGAUGGUAUUGGUGACGCUUGUGACCCAGAUAUUGAUAAUGAUGGCGUGCCCAACCGCCAGGACAACUGCCCACGGACAGCCAACUCGGACCAGCUGGACACGGACCGUGACGGACUGGGCGACGCUUGCGACAACUGCCCAGAAGUGCGAAACCCAAGUCAAGAAGACAUGGACAAGGACCUCGUUGGUGAUGCCUGUGACACCAACGACGAUCCUGACAGAGAUGGCGUCCAACUCAACCAAGACAACUGCCCUAACACCCCUAAUAGUGACCAGCAUGACGCCGAUAACGAUGGCAUCGGCGACGCGUGCGACCCGGACGCCGAUAACGAUAGUAUCCCCAACAAUAAUGACAACUGUUGGCUUCGCUAUAACCCAGACCAGCGCGACUCCGACUCGAACGGCGUCGGCGACAUUUGCGCGGACGAUGCUGACACGGACGAAGUGCUCGACUUCCAGGACAAUUGCCCCAACAACUCCAAGAUCUACGCCACCGACUUCAGGACGUACCAGACGGUUGUGCUAGACCCCGAGGGUGACUCACAGAUAGACCCUAACUGGGUCAUCUAUAACAAAGGCGCUGAGAUCGUCCAGACUAUGAACUCAGACCCUGGCCUGGCGGUCGGCUACCACAUGUUUGGUGGGGUGGACUUCGAAGGCACUUUCUUCGUGGACACAGAGAUCGACGAUGACUACGUGGGACUAAUAUUUAGUUACCAGGACAACGGUAACUUCUACACAGUAAUGUGGAAGAAGAACACGCAAACAUACUGGCAAGCUACACCCUUCAGAGCUGUAGCUGAGCCGGGCAUACAACUGAAGUUGGUACAGUCCUCUACUGGGCCUGGUCAGAUGAUGAGGAACUCCUUAUGGCACACAGGCGACACUGAAGACCAGGUGAAACUGCUGUGGAAGGAUCCCCGCAACGUGGGGUGGAAGGAGAGAACUGCUUACCGCUGGCUUCUCCUCCAUCGACCCAAGAUCGGCCUCAUCCGCCUGCGUAUCUUCGAGGGAGAAGAUAUGGUGGCUGACUCUGGUAACAUCUUCGACAACCAGCUUAAGGGAGGUCGUCUGGGCGUCUUCUGCUUCUCACAGGAGAUGAUCAUUUGGUCAGAUCUCGUCUAUCGUUGCAAUGAACAUGUGCCUGAGGCCAUCUACAACCAAUUACCUCCGGACCUCCAGCGCUUGGUGGAAAUCGAUAUUAGCAGGCCCGUUCCCAACGGCUUGUAGACCCCCAGCCCGGGGCAUCAACCAGCCCAGAGUAUCAACCAGCCCAGGGCAUCAACCAGCCCAGAGUAUCAACCAGCCCAGGGCACCAACUAGCUUAGGGCAUUAAACAUUCUAGUGUAAUCAAGCAGCCCAGGGCAUCAACCAGCUCAGGGGAACAGGAGUUUUGUGCGGGAAUAACAAGGACUAUUAAUUUAAAAUAAACUGAGUAUACUUACAAUAAACGUUGGUUAGAAUAAGAAAAACUAAUGAUUGUAACGAAGCAUCAUCUGCUGAAUGAAAUUGUGUUAAAUCAGUACAACGGUGGUUGCUUAAUUGAUAAACCAAUUAUCAUCUGACAAAAGGCCUGCGACAGUGUUGUUUUUUUUCUGAAUACUUAGAUCGCUUUUGUCUACGAAAUAUCUCUUUAGAAAACUUUUCACAGCACUUGCAAUCUCAAUAGUUUAUUUUUAAUGAAUCUGAAACUUUUAUUUAGUGUCUUAAGGACUGACUAUAAUAUAACCAGCUUGAACUGAAUCGAGAGCCCCAGAGCCCUAAGAAGGCACCCAGAGCCCUAAGGCGGCACCAGGAAGCCCAAGGGAAGCACCCCGGAGCCUCAAGGCGACACCCCAGAGCCCUAAGGAGGCCUCAAAGCCCUCAAUCGACACCCUAGAACCCUAAAGAGGCACUUCGAAGGUAGUACCCAGGAACCCAGAGGUGGCACACUGGAGGUCGCUCUGAGGAUCUGAGAGGUUGCAAUGUGUGUGCAUGAGAGGUUAAACGCUUUGACGUAAAAACAUUAUUAGACUUAUCAAUAAGCCUGGAUGUGGAUAAAAUAAUGGAGGAAUUUUCCUAAUGCUUGAAACUACUGUAGGUCUAAUAGUCAAGAGAACGUUGGUUGUAGUACAAUAAGCAACGGAGUUACAGCAAAGAGUUCAGAAAUAACACUAUAUAUUGUAAAGCCGGAUACAACGCUCAAGUUUCUGAGUUUUACAAUAUAAGGGAUAAUAUAACUCAUAACUUAAUGCCAAAUUCUAAGUUAGCAUUAUUAUUUUUAAUAAAAAAAAUUAGCGCAGACAAGCAAAGAAACCCAAGAGCCAGAGGCAUAUGCUUAUGUUAACUGUCUAGGCAUUAAUGUUGAGAAAAUUAACCCAGAGAGUUGCCCUGAGAAAUAUCACAGGAUGUAGGAAAUAUGACGGCAUUUUUCUCGCCAGUUAUAUAAAGAAAUGUUUGGCCACGUGAAAGGUAGCCGUCUUUUUCUAAUAUAUAUUUCGUAUCUAUCUACAUAUAUAUAUAUAUAUAUAUAUAUAU